AUGAACACUCACGAUGUCUCAGACAUUCCACAGUAUUUCGAGUUCCUGCGUCGGCAGAGGCAGAGUCUCCAAGAGGCACAAUCUCGUGAAGGACAACGCCCUCAAGAAAGACGAUCCAGGGAAGAAAUCAUAAUGAGGUUCAGAUUCAUGGGGACGGCUGGACGAGGCUCCUACGACAAGUUCAACCUACGAUCCUCAUUCAUCCCUCCAGCUUAUCCUCCCUGCACCAGUGCCUUAGCCGAACUGAAGAAAACGAUGAUCAAAGAUCUUCUCCUGGAAACUCACCACCGAGGCACUUAUCUACUAUUAAGGUCAAUUACCCCGCCAGCCAAGUUGAAUGCGGUUAUGACCAUUGUGGAAGACGAAAGCCAGGACGUCGUCAUGUUGCAGCUGUACUAUCAAGAGGGAGGUAAUGACAGCAAGAUUGAGGACAUCGCUGGAGAGGGCACGAUCCUGAUUGUGCGAGAACCAUACUUCAAGUUAAUGUCGGAUGGAGAGUAUGGACUCCGCGUUGACCAUCUCUCGGAUGUGACAUAUCUUCCAGCAUACGAUCAGGGAGUCCCGAAUCAUUGGCAGAAAGAUAUCAUAGUGGGUAGCGCCUCGGUCGACGAUUGGAAGAUCAAGGGAAACGACUUCUACAAAGGUUCCAAGUAUAGAGCUGCUAUUGAAUGCUAUACGAAAGCCCUCGAUUGUUCUCCGACAGAAGACAAAUCUCGCACCAUCAAGAUCAAUCGAGCUCUCGCAUACAUCAAGACGAGGCAAUUCGAAGCCGCUCUCUUCGAUCUGGAAUACGAUCCGUCUCCUCAAAAGCCAAACGAGAAAGCUCUCUUCAGUAGAGCACUAGCAUUGUACUGCCUCCAGAGAUAUCGAGAAUGUCGUGAGAUUCUCAAAACUGUCCUUGUGAACUAUCCUGGUAAUGCACCGGCCAAAACAAAACUCACUCGAACCAUACAACGGCUUGCAGAGCAAGAAGGUGGAAAGUACAACCUCACCGGUUUGCGCACGGAGGCCGCUAAACUGCGACCGCCGCAGCUAGACCAUGCUACAUUUUCAGGUCCGGUUGCAAUCAGAACGUCAAAUGGUCGGGGGCGGGGUCUCUUUACCACAAGAGCAGUCAAGGCUGGCGAGCUUCUUUUGUGUGAGAAAGCAUUCGCGUAUGCCUUUGAUGAUUCUCAGAAGGCAACGGCCGGGGGCAAUUCGACUAUCUUGAUCAACGCAGAAUCUAACUCCAUAACUAUUGGGGCUCAGGCGGAACUCAUCCAAUUGAUCGUCCAAAAGAUGUAUCGGAAUCCGUCCUCGGCGACUACCAUCACCAAUCUUCAUCACGGCUCGUAUGAACCUGUCAAGGUUACCGAGGUCGAUGGCACACCAGUGGUUGAUACAUUCCUCGUUGCGCGCAUCAUAAGCCUGAAUUGCUUCGGAUGUUCACUCUCGUCUCGCGAGACCCAUCUACAUCUUUUGAAGGGCAAGGAAGGACAGAGCACUCAUAUCUAUGACGAUCGAUUCCACUCUUGCGGGAUUUGGGCGAUGGCAUCAUACAUAAAUCACUGCUGCUACAGUAACUCCAGACGGUCUUUUAUCGGCGAUAUGAUGCUGGUGCGCGCAACGCAAGACCUUGCAGCUGACACAGAGAUCACAUUCUGGUACCACUCGCCUGGCGUCAAUGACUACGACGAGCGACGGAAAAAGUUCCAACAUUGGGGUUUCAUGUGCGACUGCGCCAUGUGCCAGGAUGAAAUGGCCACGAAGAAGAGCGUCUGGGCAAAAAGAACCAAGUUGAGGGCAGACGCUCUGAAGGUCUUCAAAUCUGACAGCAAAGCGAAUAUAACCCAGGUUGAGACCGUCCUCGCCGAGCUUGUUGCUACAUAUCCUCGACCAGCUUCUGAUGUGCCUCGUCUCAGUGUGUGGGACGGCCAGUUGGCCCUCGCAAAGAUGUGUCUCGCGCAUCGGCAACCACUCAAAGCCGUCGAAUGGGGGGUGAGCGCUCUGGAAUCUCUCGGCUAUGUGAUAGAAGGAGGAAGACUGCCGCGCACCAUAGGCACGCCCCUGGUUGUCAAGAAAUGGGGCUUGAUGCAGGACCACCUUGUCGAGUGCUGGAUGGUCCUCGCCAGGGCUUACAGCCUGGUGGCUCCCGAUCUCGAGGUUCUAGCGAUCGAGUACGCUAGGAAUUCAUACAAGAUUUGCGUGGGCGAAGACGACAGUUUUGACGAGACAUACGGCAGGAUAUUCAGGGGCGCCUAG